UCUCAGUUUGCACCUUCCAUCCAUUCCUGUUUCCAAUCAUUCGGGGGUUCUCAAUUUGGUAUGAUCUUUAGGCCUAUGGCUAGCAUUCUGAGGUUACUUCUUGUUCCAUCUACUGAUGAAAGUGCACUUUAUGGAGAAACUAGGCAACAAAAAACAUCAGAGAUGUACAUGAAACAGUUGGAAGUGGUUAGGUUACUGAGGGCUCUGUUUCGAAUGAAGGCUCAGCAGUGUAGUUUUGAUUUCAAAAAGGACAUUAAUGCAAAUCCUAGAGAAUUGCUUUUCUUGCUUCUAUCUUCUUAUGGUGCGACACUCAGUGAAGUUGACUUGGAAAUAUACAGUCUCAUGCUUGAAAUUGAGUCUGCUAAUCUGUCAAACUCUGGAAGCAUUGCUGAAAUGGAUUACCUGUGGGGAAGUGCUGCUAUUAGAAUUAGAAAAGAACGAGAACAGGAGCAGGAUCUGUCGUCUCAUAUGAUGAAGGAUGUUGAAGCAGUAGAAGGCCGAAGAACUCAAUUCAGGGAAAACCUCCCCAUUGACCCCAAAUUGUGUGCAUAUACUGUUUUACAUUUUCCUAUUGGAAGAAACGUUUCUGAGGUUCAACAUGGCGAUUCUGAUGAUAUGAAUGAGGUGGUAAAGAACUCUGUUAAAGUUCAUAAAUUGGCUCGUCAUCUAGUUGAGCACUGUAGUAUUAUUUCAUGGUUAUCAUCAAUAGUUUCAGUCUUCUGUGGGAAGCAAUAUCAAGCUCAGACAAAUUUACCAUUCCCUCUGUCAAACAGAGCACUGGAGGGUGCUUCCACCUGUGAUUACAUCGAAGGGUGGAAAUGGAAGAUGACUACGCUUUUACGUAGCAAAGAGAAACAAGAGCUGGUUUCAAGAGACAAAAAGGAUAGACUUGAUUUUGAGCAAAUAGCAGCUUUGGCAAGCAAAAUGGGUUUGUAUAGCCAUCUAUAUGUAAAAGUUGUUGUCGUAAGUAAGGUUCCAUUGCCAAACUACAGAUUUGAUCUGGAUGAGAGGCGUCCUCAGAGAGAGGUGAGCUUACCGCUUGGUCUGCAAAAGAGAGUGGAUUCUUAUCUUGGAGAUUACCUUUCUCAAAAGUCUCGGAAUAUGGACAGUUUCCAGGAUAAUGGCUUUUCAAGAUCAAACAGUAGUUGUAGUGUUGCCACUGAUGAGGGGCUUUUUGAGCAACCAGAGCCACUACCUCAGAGUAAAGCUGCUAUGGAGAAAGUCAUUUGGAGAAGAAGUACGCAAAUGCGCAGCCAGCAACAAGCUUGGCAGGAAUCUCCAGAGGGUAGAAAGAUGCUGGAAUUUCGUAGAAGUCUCCCUGCUUAUAAAGAGAAGAAUGCCUUAUUGAUGGCCAUUUCAAAUAAUCAGGUUGUCAUUAUCUCAGGUGAAACUGGGUGUGGGAAGACCACACAGAUUCCCCAAUUCAUUCUGGAAUCUGAGAUUGAGUCUGUUCGUGGAGUCCUAUGUAGUAUUAUCUGUACUCAACCUCGCCGUAUAUCUGCUAUGUCUGUUUCGGAAAGGGUUGCUGCAGAGAGGGGAGAGAAAUUGGGUGAGACGGUUGGUUAUAAAGUUAGGCUGGAGGGUAUGAAAGGGAGGGACACCCACCUUCUCUUCUGCACGACAGGCAUCUUGUUGAGAAGAUUACUGGCAGACAGAAAUCUGAAGGGUGUUACUUAUGUAAUUGUCGAUGAGAUUCAUGAGCGUGGAAUGAAUGAAGAUUUUUUGCUCAUCGUACUAAAAGAUCUUCUUCCUCGUCGGCCGGAACUGAGGCUAAUUUUGAUGAGUGCAACCUUAGAUGCUGAGCUUUUCUCUUCCUACUUCGGUGGGGCUCCAAUGGUUCAUAUUCCGGGCUUUACCUACCCUGUUCAUACUCAUUUCCUGGAAAAUGUUCUGGAAAUGACUGGAUACCAGUUGACCCCAUACAAUCAAAUAGAUGAUUAUGGUCAGGAAAAGACAUGGAAAAUGAACAAACAAGCUCCAAGAAAGAGGAAGAGCCAACUCGCUUCAGCUGUCGAGGAUGCUCUCAGAGCUGCUGAUUUUAAGAAUUUUGGCCCAGAGACACAAGAAUCUUUGUCCUGUUGGAAUCCUGAUUCUAUUGGUUUUAAUCUGAUUGAAUACCUUCUAUGCAAUAUAUGUGAGAAAGAAACACCUGGAGCUGUUUUAGUUUUUAUGACGGGGUGGGAUGACAUAAGCUCCCUGAAGGAUAAGCUUCAAGCUCAUCCAAUGUUGGGAGAUACAAGCCGAGUUUUGUUGCUUGCAUGCCAUGGUUCUAUGGCCAGUGCGGAGCAGAAGUUGAUAUUUGAUGAGCCUGAAGAUGGAGUGAGGAAAAUAGUACUUGCAACUAAUAUUGCCGAGACGAGUAUAACAAUUAAUGAUGUUGUUUUUGUUAUCGACUGUGGAAAGGCAAAAGAGUCCUCGUAUGAUGCAUUGAAUAACACUCCUUGCUUGCUUCCUUCUUGGAUUUCAAAGGUUUCUGCUCAACAAAGAAGAGGAAGAGCUGGCCGUGUUCAACCAGGAGAAUGUUACCAUCUGUAUCCCAGAUGUGUGUAUGAAGCUUUUGCCGACUAUCAGUUGCCAGAAAUUUUAAGAACACCUUUGCAGUCUCUUUGUCUUCAAAUAAAAAGUUUGAAACUUGGAAGCAUUUCUGAAUUCCUAUCUAGGGCUUUGCAGUCACCAGAAUUACUAGCGGUUCAAAAUGCUAUUGAAUAUUUAAAAGUCAUUGGGGCUUUAGACGAGGAUGAGAAUUUGACUGUUCUUGGACGCUACUUGACAAUGCUUCCGAUGGAGCCCAAACUUGGGAAGAUGCUAAUACUUGGAGCCAUAUUUAAUUGUCUGGAUCCUGUACUGACUGUUGUUGCUGGUCUUAGUGUCCGAGAUCCAUUCCUAACACCAAUGGACAAGAAGGAUCUAGCAGAAGCAGCAAAAGCUCAAUUUUCUCGAGAUUAUAGUGACCACCUUGCUCUUGUCCGGGCCUACGAGGGCUGGAAAGAAGCUGAAAGAGACUUGGCUGGUUAUGAAUACUGCUGGAAGAAUUUUCUCUCUGCACAAUCAAUGAAAGCUAUCGAUGCUUUGAGAAGGGAGUUCUACUCCUUGCUCAGGGAUGCUGGCCUUGUUGAUAGCACCACAACUACCUGUGAUUCAUGGAGCUAUGAUGUGCAUCUCCUUCGUGCAGUUAUUUGCUAUGGCCUGUACCCUGGAAUUUGUUCUGUUGUGCACAAUGAAAAGUCAUUCUCUUUGAAAACAAUGGAGGAUGGUCAGGUGCUUCUGUACUCUAACUCUGUGAAUGCUCGGGACUCUAAGAUUCCGUACCCAUGGUUGGUUUUCAAUGAAAAGAUCAAAGUGAAUUCCGUUUUUCUCCGAGAUUCAACAGCUGUGUCCGAUUCAGUGCUGCUCCUAUUUGGUGGAAGUAUUUUGAGGGGGGAUACUGAUGGGCACUUAAAAAUGUUAGGAGGUUACUUGGAGUUCUUCAUGAAACCUGCCACAGCGGAAAUGUACCAAAGCUUAAGGAAAGAGCUUGAGGAGUUGAUUCAAAACAAACUGCUCAAUCCUAGGAUGGUUCUCAGUCAUCACGAACUUCUCUCCGCAGUAAGGUUACUAAUCUCGGAAGAUCAAUGUGAUGGAAGAUUUGUGUUCAACCGUCAGGUGCUACAACAGCCAUCUGUGACAACAAUAGCAACGCGUCCGGCAGUUGUAUCAAGAAUAGAGAGUGGCCCAGGGGGUGAUAAUUCAAAGAGCCAGCUCCAAACAUUGCUGACGCGGGCAGGUUAUGCUGCACCCACCUACAAGACAAAGCAACUAAAUAACAACCAGUUUCGAGCCACUGUGGAGUUUAAGGGGAUGCAGAUCAUGGGUCGACCUUGCAACAACAAGAAACAAGCUGAAAAGGAUGCGGCUGCUGAGGCUCUCGAAUGUCUUAUGGGGGGAACCCAUCGAGGCCAUGAUUACGUUGAAAACAUGUCGAUGAUGCUCAAGAAGAGCAAGAAGGAUCAUAAUGGAUGAGCAGACAGAAUCAUGAGAACUUCUGGUUUUGGGGGUGGGGUUUUGGGUGCAAUCUCAGAUGGCAAUUGCUGCUCAACGUAACCAGACAUCCAUAUGCAAAUCAGAUUCAUGCUGAACUGCCAAUAAACUAAGAGAUCUGUGUCCAAGGUGAAGAAGAUAUUUGAGUGGUUUGAAAUGUGUUUGUGUGGUUCUAUUCGCGAAACUGCGCCGAAAAUUAUAAACAGUCUCAGAGUGGGAGACUAAGAUUAGCCUAUUUUUGUGCAUGUUGGCCUCUUCUAGAGACCGGAGUAAGGCAGUUGGUGACUUGAAGUGUGUAGGGGGGGCCGAUGAUGCAGCAUUGAGAGUGAACAUAUUAUGGGUUUUCUUUUGAGGUCAGUAUCUGUAUCACAUUGGUCCAAACUUCUCUCUUUUGGUGUACAUAUAUAUAAUCAUAGAGUUCAAUUACCAUUAGAAUGCAGAAUUUUUUUUAGGACCUUCUGUGUGCGCAAUCUCUCAUGGAUUGCUCUGGCAUUGUGGAACAUAGUAGUUCAGGGAUUUUCGUCUUCCAUGGUCUAGGGUUCAUGUAAUGCUUAUGCUUGUAGGUUGUAAUUGGGUCGACUGUUGAGGGUGUUGCAUCUUGGCUGGUGUUACGGGCUCGUCUCGAUUGGUUUCUAUGCAAAUCUCCUAGUCUCUUGGCUGUACUCCUUUUCA